AUGUAUCGCAGCAGCACGGAGGAGGUGACAACAAGUGACAGCCCAGACUCUGGGCAAAGCUCUACUUCGCUUUUGGAUCACUCCUGCCAGGGUGACCGCAGCUCCAGUGUGGGCAGAACGAGCGCAUCCGUCCUUGCCUCUGCUCUAAGCAGCUCCUCUUUUCGAAACAUGGGGACCCCGGGGGUGCGCAGAACCCCCGGCUGCCGUGGGGCUGGUGCCUCACACCAUGCACGCACUCCGCAGACCGAAAACACCGUGACCACCUGCUCCUCCGCAACCUCCUGCACCGUUGCCUCGGUAAUCGUGGCAGUGGUGGAGGGGCGUGGCCUUGCCCGCGGCGAGAUUGGCAUGGCAAGCAUUGACCUGAAUUGCCCGGAGCUCGUGCUCUCUCAGUUCGCAGACACUGGGACCUACACCAAGGUUAUCACAAGGCUGCACAUCCUGUGUCCCCUGGAGAUUCUGAUGCCUGACACAGCCAGCGAAAAGGGAAAAGGGACCAAACUCUUCACCCUCAUAACUGAGAACUUCCAGAGUGUGGCCUUCACUGCCAUCCAAAGGAAGUAUUUCAAUGAGAGAAAAGGGAUGGAGUAUAUUCAGCAGCUGUGUGCUCCAGAGUUUGGCACUGUUCUCAUGGAGGUGCAAGCUAAGUACUACUGCCUGGCCGGGGCAGCUGCUCUGCUGAAGUAUUUUGAGUUCGUCCAGAACUCGGUCUAUGCCCCCAAGUCACUCAAAGUGAGUUUUAAAGGCAGCGAGCAGACAGCCAUGAUUGACUCCACCUCCGCCCGCAACCUGGAGCUGGUGGUCAACAACAGGGACUCGAGGAGUGAGCAUACUCUGUUGGGGGUACUGAACUACACUAAGACCGCAGGUGGAGGGCGUCGGCUGCGCUCCAAUAUCCUGGAGCCCCUGGUGGACGUGGACACCAUCAACAUACGGCUGGAUGCAGUGCAGGAGCUGCUGCAGGAGGAGGAGCUGUUCUUCGGCGUGAAGAACGUGAUUGCACGCUUUCUGGACACAGACCAGCUACUCUCCGUUCUGGUGCAGAUUCCCAAGCAGGAAACGGUUCAAGUGGCAGAGACGAAGAUCCUGCAUGUGAUUCAGCUGAAGCACACGCUGGAGUUAGUGACACCACUGAAGGCAGCCCUAAAGAACUGCCAGACUGCCCUGCUGAAAGCCUACUGCAGCUCCCUGGAGGACAGCAGGUUUGACAGCAUUCUGCAGCAAAUCAAAACGGUUGUAAAUGAUGACGUAUGCUACACCAAGGGCAGCCUCAGCCUGCGUACACAGAAGUGUUAUGCUGUGCGGCCCAACAUAAACGAGUUCCUCGACAUCGCUCGCCGCGCCUACACCGAGAUGGUGGAUGACAUUGCAGGGCUGGUCGGCCAGUUGGGAGAGAAAUACGGCCUGCCCUUGCGGACCAGCUUCAGCACGGCACGGGGCUUCUUCAUCCAGAUGAAGCUGGAGGGCAUCGCCCUGCCUGACGGACAGCUCCCCGCAGAGUUCAUGAAGGUGACCAAGCAUAAGAACAACUACAGCUUUACCACGGCGGACCUGAUCAAGAUGAACGACCGUUGUGAUGAGGCCCUGAGGGAGAUCUUCCACAUGUCCUAUGUGGUGGUCUGUCAGCUGCUGGCCACGAUCCACGAGCACGUUCACUGCCUCUACAAGCUGUCCGAUGCUGUCUCCAUGCUGGACAUGCUGCUGUCACUCGCCAAUGCCUGCACCAUCUCCGACUACGUGCGGCCAGAGUUUACUGACACGCUGGCGAUCAAACAGGGGCGACACCCUAUCCUGGAGAGGAUCUCUGGGCGGCAGCCUGUCUCCAACAACAGCUACAUCGCCGAGGGAAGCAACUUCAUCAUCAUCACUGGACCCAACAUGAGUGGCAAAUCCACCUACCUCAAGCAGGUGGCGCUGUGCCAGAUCAUGGCUCAGAUAGGCUCCUUUCUUCCCGCCGAAUAUGCCUCUUUCCGCAUCGCUGACCAGAUCUUCACCAGGAUCGGGGUGGACGACGACUUCGAGACCAACUCCUCUACAUUCAUGGUGGAAAUGAAAGAGGUGUCUUACAUAACUCACAAUGUGAGUGACAGGUCCCUCAUCAUCAUCGAUGAGCUGGGGCGGGGCACCAGUGCGGAGGAGGGUAUCGGCAUCUGUCACGCUGUCUGCGAGUUCCUCCUCAAAUUCCGGGCAUUCACUUUGUUCGCCACCCACUUCCUGGAGCUGUGCCAGCUGGAGACGCUCUACCCCAAUGUUGAGAACCUGCACAUGGAGGUCCAGCAUACCCGCGCUGCUGAGUCCAGCUCGGAGAAAGUGGUCUACACGUACCUCCUGAGCCGGGGUUGCUCAGAGCAGAGGAACUAUGGCCUGAAGGCAGCAGAGAUGACGGCAUUACCACCAUCGGUAAUCCAAGAGGCAAAAGCGAUAGCCUCCAGAGUCAGCCAACAGUUGUGGGCCCAGCAGCACAGUGACCCGGACACACUCCGCCAGCGGGCGGUGUACCGUAUGGCCACUCGCCUCCUGCAGACGGCCAGGAACUCCCGCCUGGACCCCGGCAGCCUCCGCAUCUACCUGAAGGGCCUGAGGAGGCAGUACGAGGCCGAGCUCCGGGCCGCCGAGGCCACUGCGUCCAUGGACACAGAGGAGUGA